UAAUAUUAAUAAGAGAAAGCGAAGAAGCCUUUAGAGAGAGUUUUAUCUCCUCCCCCUCCUUGGUUGCGAUCAUCGUCAUAACUCUCUAUCUAGGGUUUAUCUUCCAAGGGGGUUUUUCAAACCUCUCUCAUUCUCAAUCUCCAGUUUUAAGUUUCCAGAUGGCGUCCCCACCUAACUCUGUUCGGAUCGUUGUGGUUGGUGACAAGGGCACUGGGAAGUCAAGCUUGAUUGUCGCUGCAGCCACCGAAUCUUUCCCUCCCAAUGUGCCUCCUGUUCUCCCUGAUACCAAGCUCCCUUUUCAGUUCUACCCUGACAAUAUACCCGUCACCCUUGUCGACACUUCCUCAAGGCCGGAAGAUAAGGGCAUGGUUUCCGAGGAGUUGAAGCUCGCAGAUGCUGUGGUUUUGACAUAUGACUGUGACCGACCUGAGACUCUCGAAAGUUUGACCCUCAGGUGGCUUCCAGAGCUUCGUCUGUUAGAGGUAAAAGUUCCUAUAAUAGUAGCAGGCUGUAAGCUUGACCUCAGAGACGACAACAACCCGGUCGUCCUCGAAGAACUGAUGGCACCUAUAAUGCACCAGUUUCGGGAGAUUGAGACUUGUAUCGAGUGUUCUGCCCUGAAGCAACUCCAGGCACAAGAAGUUUUCUAUUAUGCACAAAAAACUGUCAUCCACCCAACAGCACCUCUGUUCGAUCAAGAAACCCAGACAUUGAAGCCACGGUGUGUAAGGGCCUUGAAGCGCAUCUUUAUACUCUGUGACCAUGAUAAAGAUGGUGCUCUAAGCGAGGCUGAGUUAAACGCAUUUCAGGUCAAGUGCUUCCAUGCACCACUGCAGCCUUCCGAAGUCGAAGGUGUUAAGAGGGUUGUGCAAGAAAAGUUGCCAGAAGGUGUGAAUGAAGUAGGACUGACAUUGACUGGCUUCCUGUUUCUACAUGCACUCUUCAUUGAGAAAGGGAGGCUUGAGACAACAUGGACUGUACUCAGGAAGUUCGGGUAUAACAAUGAUAUAAGACUCGCUGAUGAAUUGCUUCCACCUUCAUUAUUCAAGAGAGAACCUGAUCAGAGCGUUGAGCUGACAGAUGUAGCAAUCGAAUUCCUGAAAGAAAAGUAUAUGUUGUUUAAUGCGGAUGGGGAUAAUAAUCUUAGACCCCAAGAGAUCGAGGAUCUUUUUUCAACUGCACCUGAAAGUCCCUGGAAGGAAGCACCGUAUCAGGAUGCCGCAGAGAAAACUGCCCUUGGAGGACUGUCUUCUGACGCUUUCCUGUCACUGUGGUCACUGAUGACACUAUUAGAACCUGCUCGGAGUGUGGAACAUUUGAUUUACAUUGGAUUCCAGGGUGGUCCAUCUUCUGCCAUUCGGCUUACCAGGAGAAGGCUUUUAGAUCGCAAAAAGAAGCAGUGUGAAAGAAAUGUUGUCCAGUGCUUUGUUUUUGGACCGAAUAGCGCCGGAAAAUCUGCAUUACUGAACUGCUUUCUUGGAAGGUCAUAUGGUGAUAACCAGGAAUCAACGACUGACGAGCGUUAUGCAGUAAACAUGGUCGAUGAAACUAAGAGUGCAAAGAAAACUCUUGUGAUGAGGGAAAUUCCAGAAGAUGGAGCCGAAGCGAUAUUUUCAUCCAAGGAGUCUUUAGCUGCAUGUGACAUAGCUGUCUUCGUGUAUGACAGUUCUGAUGAGUCGUCACUGAAGCGAGCGACUGAGUUGCUUGUAGAAGUUGCAAAUCACGGUGAGGCCACUGGAUAUGAGGUUCCCUGCCUUAUGGUUUCAGCGAAAGACGAUAUUGCAUCAUCCCAGAUUUCCAUUCAAGAAUCCACCAAGGUGACACAAGAUAUGGGAAUAGAGCCUGCUGUAUCCAUCAGCUCGAAGUUGGGGGACUUCAACAACUUAUUCCGCAAAAUCGUGACUGCAGCGCAACAUCCUCAUCAGAGUAUUCCAGAGACCGAAGCAGGAAAGAGCCGCAAACAUUACAACAGACUAAUCAACCGCUCUCUUGUGGGUGUUUCAAUUGGAGCUGCUGCUGUGGUCGUUGGGCUGGCUGCAUACCGCGUGUAUGCCGCAGAAAGAGCGCUUCUGCCUGAUAGAAGGAUUGAGAAUGAAGAGCCCAGUGUUUCAAGAAGAUUGCAAAUCUCCUGUUCUGAGUUUUAUCAUUCCAAAAGUUUUAACCAGAGAGUACUGUUUUUUAGAAGAUUUAAUGGAGAUGGGGUUUGAAGUAAUAGUUGAUCCAUAGGAACAGAAACAUUUAGGGAACCAAAAAAGAAAGAGAGAACAUAUACUACCAUUGUGUUGAGUUUCUUCAAUAACAAAAGAGCUUUUUGUCUC